AUGGAGACUGAUUUUGGCUGCUCCAAAGGUUUUAGGGUUUUGGUGAAAGCCAAAGCCGACAGAGAGCAUCACUCGGGAGAAAUGACGGCUUUGGCCCGGUUGAUUGUCAACCGGAUUCGGUUAUACGGUGAUGGUGCUCCAGCUAAGCUGGAGUGGAGCGUGCGUCAACGGCGGUCGAAGGCGGGGAAGAAGGGAGACCAGGCGCGUGCCAGCCCCACCACGCCGCUCUCCUGGAGCUGCGCUACCUCUGUCAGCGGCGGCGCCGCUUCGGCGGUGGACGGCAUCGAGGAGUCGAGUUGCGCCAUGAAACCGCCCGAGAACAUUAGAUCUAAGAUUCCUCAAACGAGUGGAGCAACUGCGUUCAAGAGAUUGAGAAGGAAAAAGACUCUGGCUGAACUUAAAGAGGAGGAGAGUCUGCUCUUGAAGGAAAGAAAAAGCUUGAAAAAUGAACUGGCAAGCAUCCGGGCUUUGCUUGAGCAACAAAGAGCAAGAAACGAUGCUCUUAAGAAGUUGAAGGCCGAAUCACAAUCUUCCCUCCCCUGCAAAGCGGCUCCAGCAAUAACAUCCACGGCCUAUUCACCUCACAGUUCGUCCAAAAGAGAGGAAACCGACGUAAAAAAAGAUUCCUCCUUUUUGCUCCCUGACCUUAACGACCCGAGCCCUGAAGUUCUCUAUGGAAUCAGCUAAUGAAAAAGUACCCAAAACGGGACAAGCAACCCAUAUUAUUCUUUAGUUUUUCCAUCAGCCAAAACCAUCCUGAUUCACACGACCAAAGAAACCAACUGUAUCCAUGCUUUAAGCCUAAGAUGUUGCAUAACUGUAACUAAGAUAGAGAGAUGCCUGAUCCUGUGACUGCAACAGAUGAUUUUCAUGGAGUUGAGAUGAUUAGGGUUUAUGGUUGAGUGUCUCUUCUGACAUACCUAGACGCAAGUAAGGUUUUUGCUCUCUUUUUCUUUCUUCUUUUGUGAGAUGAGAUGUAGUUAUCUCUACAGAGCCACUCUCUUCCAUUUUCUUCAUUUGUUUUCUUUAUUGCCUGCAAUGGAAGAUAUUGCAGAUGUUACAUUCAACUUCAUCUCUUCGGUGAAUCGAUUGUUCCAACACAAAUUCGAACAUAUGUUAUGCCU